UGACGCAGACGUGUAAGACAAGGACGACAAUAUCGUCAGCAGAAUAUCCUGAAGAGCUGUACACUUGUACAGGUGUUGUUGUGGAGGUUUCAAAGACUGAGUAGCGCCAGCGUACGUCGGAACCAAAAAUGAUGGCGGUGCUCCAGCCCAAGUCUAGCUUCAGUAUAGAGUCACUGGUGUCCAAAGACCACCUCGCACGAGACGGCCCGCCUCGGACACUACCUCAUCCCCCUCAGCUCCUGGAGUUGAGUAGACUCUGUAGAACGACAGCGGCCACAACCAUAGACUCGGGGAUACCCCACGUCCCGUACACGCAAGGCGGGAUCCCGGUGUCGAUACCGAGCUUAGGGAGUCUGUGUGCCGGGCCCAGACCGGUGUCGGUCCCGCAUUACAUGACGUACAGCGCCGGGCCUGCCAUGGUGCCACCGGGGCUGUUGUCGGGCGCGUCCCCGGCCGUCCCCCACCAGUCGCCGGUGUCGCCGCCGUACCAGAGCCACCUCCCGUACAACCCCUGGAUGUUGAGCGGACACCCGCCGUACGGACACAGGUUACAAGGUCCAGAUAUCGGUAACGGAUCGCUUAUCCAUCUACAAAAUCCGUUCCGGAAACCGAAGAGAAUUCGGACGGCGUUCACCCCGUCACAGCUGCUCCGGUUAGAACACGCCUUCGAGAAGAACCACUACGUAGUCGGGCAGGAGAGGAAGCACCUAGCGCAGUCUCUCAGUCUCACAGAAACACAGGUCAAGGUGUGGUUCCAAAACAGGAGGACGAAACACAAGCGGGAACAACAGGGGGACGAUUCGGGGAGAGACUCUCCCACCAAACACAGAGGCGCACACCACAUCAACCGGUGGAGACAGGCCACUCAGCAGCUUACAGCUACGGCGGAACACGCCACAGCACCCGACGGACACGAAGAGACGAAAAGUACGAGCAGUAACAGCGACGCUGGGUCUAGAUAAUAGACUCUUCCUGACUGACUUGACUGACUGAUUCGGUUUCAUGGUCGAAAGAAGAAGGGACAAGCAAAAGUAGCUGAAAAUGACUUGAACGAAAGAAAAUCAGAACAGACGCCGUGCUGCUUUCAACCGUAGAAUUGACGAGUUUUCCCGCCAAGAUUGUGGAGCUGAGAGAAACUUGUAGUGUCGUCUGACAGAGUCGCGAAGAAAAUAAACUCUCAGUAGAAAUGUAUACUGGCGGAAAGGGUUCACAGAGUAUGAAAAGACGACGACUGAGUCGGGUUGACCCUCCAUUCUAUACGAUAUCUUCCGACUGAAAACACCACAAAAGGAGGCUAAAGUAAUGGCAUUUUUCGUGCUACUGACUGAAGCACGAAUGGUACGGGACCAAGAGCACAGGACUGAUAAUUCUAAUACCACGAUUCUUUCUUUUUGUACA